AAAUAUUUGGCCAAGUCAGUCAUGGAGGCCAUCAUCAUGACGACCCUGCCCAACCUGACAACGGAUGCUGGCGACAGCAGCUUCUGGCUAACCGGUGCCCUCUCGCUCUCCGAGAUGUUGGCCAACUCGAGCCACGGGCAUUCCACUGGGAGCACAGCCUCGUCGGCUGGGAGUUCGGCCACAGAAUCAUCCGCGGUGAAUGUGGGCAAGGACCACGGCAAGCACGUGAAUGACAGCGUUUCCACGGGUCUAAGCAAUUACAGUAAUUACCCCAGCUACAUUCACUACAGGGACAAGUACGACCUGAGCUACAUUGCCAAGGUGAAUCCCUUUUGGCUGCAGUUCGAGCCACCUAAGUCGAGCACCUUCCUGGUUAUGGCCGCCCUGUAUUGCCUGAUUUCGGUGGUGGGAUGUGUGGGCAAUGCGUUCGUCAUAUUUAUGUUUGCCAACCGUAAAUCUCUGCGUACUCCAGCCAAUAUCCUGGUAAUGAAUCUGGCCAUCUGUGACUUUCUGAUGCUCAUCAAAUGCCCGAUUGCCAUAUACAAUAACAUCAAAGAGGGUCCAGCUUUGGGCGACAUUGCCUGUCGUCUCUAUGGAUUUGUGGGUGGCCUAAGUGGCACCUGUGCCAUAGGUACCCUCACCGCCAUCGCCCUGGAUCGGUACAAUGUGGUGGUGCAUCCGCUGCAGCCGCUGAGACGCUGCUCCCGCCUGCGAUCCUAUCUGAUUAUACUGCUGAUCUGGUGCUACAGUUUCCUGUUCGCCGUGAUGCCGGCCCUGGACAUCGGACUAUCUGUCUAUGUGCCAGAGGGCUUCCUCACCACCUGCAGCUUCGAUUAUCUGAACAAGGAGACGCCAGCUCGCAUUUUCAUGGCACUGUUCUUUGUGGCUGCCUACUGCAUUCCACUGAGCUCCAUUGUGUACUCCUACUUCUAUAUACUGAAGGUGGUCUUCACGGCGAGUCGCAUACAAUCGAACAAGGACAAGGCCAAGACGGAGCAGAAGUUGGCCUUCAUUGUGGCGGCCAUCAUUGGUUUGUGGUUCCUGGCCUGGUCACCGUACGCCAUCGUUGCCAUGAUGGGUGUCUUCGGCCUGGAGAGGCACAUAACGCCACUGGGAUCGAUGAUACCCGCGCUCUUCUGCAAGACAGCUGCCUGCGUGGAUCCCUACUUGUAUGCGGCCACCCAUCCGCGGUUUCGUGUCGAGGUGCGUAUGCUCUUCUAUGGACGCGGAGUGCUGCGCAGGGUCUCCACGACCAGGUCAUCGUACAUGACCCGAUCACGAUCGUCUUUUACCCACCGAUUGAGGACGAGCACCACCGGUGAGGGUGGAAUCUGUGAUCAUCGCAUGGAGAACUAUCUGAUGAACAACAAUCUGAUGAUGGUGCCCGAGGAGACGGAGGAGAACGAGGAGAUCGUCGUGGUGGCCGAGAUCAACAAUUCGGUUAGCAGCGUCAUGGAACAAAGUAAGUUCUGAAGGAUGACGAUUACGCUAGUUAAGAGAACGGAAAUCCGGUCAAUCUGUUAUGAACCUACUAACAUAACCAUUUUUAAUUAGUUAUAAGUUUAAAACAGAUAUAAUAUUAUAUAAUUUUAAAAUGAGUCAAACUUAUGAUCAUGAUGAUACUGAAAACUUGGCUUGGUAAAGCUGAAACACCUGCUUGAUUUCCAUUUUUUUCCAAUUGAAAAUUUCAAUUUGGUUUUGUCCAGGUAAUUUAGAAAAAAACCUUUUCUAUCUCGAAAAGUAAACUGUUCGCUGUUAAUUGAAAAUGUUUGUGCACUGCACUGCAAGGCAUAUCAAAAUGGAAGCUAUCAAUAAUCGCAAAUUGAAUGGAUCGACUCAAGUUUCAUUGUUGAACUAAACUAAUUUGUACGUAGAAAGAAUAGACCGAACUGAAAUCAGCAAUGACAGCAAAGUAAUUUCGCUCGGCAAUGAUAUAUGCCAAUGGCAUUGUUCAUCUCUGACUGAAUGCGUUGUCAUUGAUGGGCCUACAAUUGAAAUGAAAAUGAAAAUAAUAAUAAUAAUAAUAAAUAGAAAUGAAGCAGGGAAAUCCGCCAAGCAGUGGGAAAUUGACAAGGCACAAAGACGACACAGUGGUGAUAGUAAACAUAUUUAAUGAGCUUAUGUGAUGUUUAGACAGGGGGAGUAGGCGAUCGGAGCAGGGAAUGGAUUAGUUAGUCGAUAUAUAUACACACAUAUGUACAAGACAUCGGAGGAUAGCAGGCCUAUUAGAGAGGCGGGGCCGAAAUUAGUACAAAGAUAGUGGGUGGCGUGGUUAGGGGCCGAUGUGGAAAUUCAAUAGGCAGAUUUUACAUAAUUUCAGGGAAAGUCACUCGGACCCAAGGUCAAGCCGUGGUAUUGGAUGUUAAUAAGCGGAUGUGCAGAUUGUUUACAUUGUAGUUUAAUAUUGGGAUAACUCACAAUCAAAGCAGCCUGCGGACAUCUUGUAUUUCUGAAAUGGAUUCAGCAUUGUGAUGGCCCCCAUUCAAAAGUUAUUGACAACUUAAGCUAAUUGCGUUUAUUUCUCGAUGUCUAAU